GAAGAAAGGAAAAAGACGUACUCAUCCGACUCCAUGGACGGCUCCUUCCCACCGCAGCGAAGAAAGUCUUUGACCAGACCCGGUGCGUCUGGCCCUCCUACUCAGACAGUAGAGAGUCCAAAACGACAGCUGGAACAACUGGUGGGAUGGUCGAUUUCCAUCAAAACCAUGUCGAAUGAGCUUGUUCAGGGUCGCCUCUACACCUUGGACCGCAUCACAAAUUGCAUUGCACUCAUUUGUUCAGAUCCUAAGCCAGUACCCAAGAGUGUUUCGUUUCGGAUAAUCAAGCUGUCGAAUAUUAAGGAACUUUUGUCGGUAGGACCCGAAGAUACCUCAAAGGAACCUUGGACUGCCGUCUCGCCUGUUCGACACGUUCACCUUGAUCAAUUACAAGCCAGAGAGACCGAGGCUCUGAGGGAAGUUCGACAACAGGCAGCAAAGAUUGGUGUCGGUGUGACUAAAGAAGGGCAAGAGAUAUUCGAUGCUCUUUACAAGACAUUGCCAUGUCGCUGGGCGAGUGAUACGAUUGUUGUCAUGGAUGAGGUUCUUAUCAGUCCACCUUACACAAUUGAGCAUUGCAAGGCCAAUGCUUCUUCUGCCGCCUCUUUAGCAAGAGUCAAAAAAGUGUUGGAAGGUGAAAGAAGACGGUUGGCUAAUCCAAAGAAUUAAAAUACACUUGACCAAAUUCUCUUUCCUCCUCCCUCUUCCUUUCUCUUCACUAUUCCCUUUUCCAUCCCAUCCCAUCACAUCCCAUAACACUUCUCUUCUCUUCUCUUCUCUUUAACAAGCAAACAAUCAAAUAAGAUACUUUUUUUAAAAUAUAUAUAUAUAUUAUAUUUGUCUCAUAUUC